AAUAUCUGCAAGUAUAAUAAAUGGAUGUUAUGAGAGAUGCUACUUAAGUCGACAGUAUGUGAACAACGUAAAACUUUACGUUAUGGAAUAUGUUGUGACCAAACCUGUAUGAAAGAGUGCUAAAUUUUUGGAUCUUUUAUAGAAAGCUAAUUGAAGUUUACAAUAUUAGGAAAAAUUGUUAUCAAAUUUUUUUGAAAAAAAUAUUUGAUUGAUUUUAUUUCGAACAAAAAUGGAUGAGAGAGCUUAUAAACGUAAAAUGCUAGAGAUUUCAAAAAAGCUCACUGAAGAAGACAUAAAGGAUUUAAAAUUUUUGCUUAAAGGUAAAAUUAGUUCGGACUUACUUAUAAAGAUAACAUUAUCUACUGAAUUAAUUGAAAUCCUUCAAAACAAUGACUAUGUUGGAAUUGAUAAAUUAGAGAAUUUUAAAGAUUUACUUUGUGAUAUAAAUAAACCUGAGCUCGCUGAAAUCUUAACUGUAAAGAACCAUAAUACAAUAAAUUAUGGAACCGAUGACUUGACUUCAAAACUGUGUAGUUACAUAAGUUACAAAAUUGGAAAAGACUGGCAAAGAUUUGGAUGGCACUUAGACUUGAAUGUUGCAGAUCUUGACAAUAUUGACUAUGAUAAUAAGGAAGUUUGCGAGAAAGCUACAAAAGUUUUAAAAAAGUGGAAGGAAAAAACUAAAUACCCUUCAUGGAAGCAAUUAAGGAAAAUGCUAAAAUCAUUUGAACGCUUAGAUAUAGUUAGGGAUGUUGAAAGAGAAUUUUCUGACCAACUAUCCUGUCCUGAAGAAAUAAUUCAUAGAAAAAUUCCAUUUGGUUGUAUAUUCAAAUUUGAUUUACGUGGAGAUGAAGUGUGUACAUUUGUUGAAUAUAAGUUUCACAAGCAUGAUGAUUGGUGGUCUAUCAGUACUAAAAAGCAAUCACAUCCAUACUACUUGACAAGAAAAAAAAACAAUCAGAUGUUUAUCAAAGUUGAAAGUUUGAAAUGUGAGAAUGAAAAAGUUUAUUUCAGGUUUACGUUUCAAGAUUCAAAAAACCAAAUAGUUUGUAAAGAAUGUACUUGCAGCAUUACAGGUGAGUGUGACUAUGAAUUACGUUACAAAAGUGUUAUGAUUGCAACACCUGCGCCAAUUUCUAACAAUGAGUUCAGCAAAAACGUUAGAGCGCCAAAAUCUUUAAAUUGGAGAGAGUCUGCCAAUAGUAAACUUAUUAAAGUACCUUGUAAUGAGUCAAUUGAGUCAUUUGCAGAUAUUUACAUUAACAGAAAUUUUCCUUAUUUAAAUGAAGUAAUUUGUGUCCAUUCCUUUUUUGGUGGUGAAGAUUUUACAACCUUGAUUAUUGACAAAUUUUAUCAUUUAUUUUCUAAAGAAAAAAAAGAUAUUUGUGCUAUAUUACCUGGUUACGAUUUACGCUACCAUGCAUCUCUUUUAAAUUGCAAUGUUGAAGGUUUUAAAAAACACAAUGAUGAAGAUAGAAUAAUGGUAUUUUACUCUGAACUCAAUCUCAUUCUGAUUGCUCGUAUCGCAACUUCAUUAGAUUGCAUUAAUUUAAAAUCUGAGAACUGUUUGAAUGAUAUUACAUUGUUUGUUACUGUUAAUAGUCUCUUGAUUAAUUCUAAUGAAUUAGUUAUACUGGGAGUUGUUGUUUUACCUUUAAUUGAUCGUGAAGAAUUAAAUAAAGAGUUAUUUUUUCUUUUUUCGGACAGUUGGAGUAGUCAGAAAAAAUCUUUUAACUUGAAACAAAUUUUAUUUCUAUGUAAGGAUGAUAUUAAAAAUGAAAAUUUUGAGUGUUGGUGGAGAUCAGUUAGUGCUUAUAGCAAUAAACUAUGUAAUGUUCAAAGUAAUAAUACAACAUUUUUUAAAAAACUUAUUGGGUUAACUAUGAUAGUUAUGGCUAAAGUUGAUAUGGUGAUGAAUAAAAUCAAUAUUCCUACUCUAAAAUUUGAUCCUCAAAAACAGAUUGAGUCCUUAAUUCUUAACUAUGAGCAAUAUGUCGCAAUUCACGAUAAAGAACUUAAAAAAAUUAUCACAGGAGGAUAUGGUUCAGGUAAAUCUAUUGUUGGUAAGGAGAUAGUAAAAAAUUGUAUAACAAAGCACUAUGAACAUCCUUUAACCUUAUAUUACAUAUGUUGUAAUCAUUUCUCUUUGUAUCAAUGUGAAAUGAAAGAGUUUGUUGACAUUAUUGAAAAAACUUCAAAUGUUACUGUUGUUUGUGAUAAUUUGUAUGAGUUGUGGCAACAAAUGUGUAUUAACAAAAGAAUUAAGCAAGAAUAUAUUUCUAUUCCAAGAUUACUAGAAUAUUUGGUUGGUACCAACAAAAAUAAAAAAAGUAAAGUAUGCUUUGUAUUGGAAGAGCUCUCACCUGAUUAUGUCAAACAUGAAGAUGCAAUUCAGUUAAAUAAGUUAUUUUUAAAUACAUUAAAGGAAUCUUUAGUUGUUUUUAUACCUGAAAGUGUUGAGAAGUAUAGAGAAAUAAUCAGAAAUAACGAAAAACAAAUAAUACAAAAGAAUUGUUUUAAUGAAGAAACAUUAGAUAUGAAGGUCUUUACUCUUGAAAAAUCUAUGAGAGUAACUGAAUGUAAUAAAUUUAUAAUUGAUUCUUCUCAAAGUUCUAUCUGUGAAUCAAAAACUGUUUUUAAUUUUCCAAACUUAAAAGUGGAUAAAAAAACAGAAAUAAAUAAAAAACAUUUGUCUGAAAAAAAAGAUCAGGUUCUACAACAAAAUAGCAAAGCAUCAAUUACAGAUUUAGAUAAUACUUUUGUUAAUAAUUCUUCUGAUGGUGAUGUGAAUCACAAAUCAAAUAAAAUAGAAGAAAGUACAAUUGGUUUAACUGAUAAUAGUUUUCAUGAUUAUGAUUUUGACCAAGUUUCAAAGUAUGUAGCAGUUAAAACUAAUAAUGAAGUUUCAAACUGCUCUAUGGAGACAAGUUUUGGUUUUAAAUCAAGUAUUAUAGGACAUUCAAUUAAAGGCGAAAAACCCAAGGUAGUAUUUUUUCCUUUUCAUGACUUAAAAAAAAAGCGAUCUGCAAUAUUUCUGUCUGUUGUGUUACAGUACCUUUUUUUUAACAAGGUAAGAAAAACUGUUGUAAUAUGCAAUGAUAUGGAAGAAAUUCAAUCUGUUGCGUAUGCAAUAGAUAUAACUGGAAAGUAUAAAUCAGUAAUUUAUUCACCACAUUUACAAAAACACACUUCAACGUUUUCUGAAAAAGUUGAGGUUACAAAAAAGCUAACAUGUGAUUUUGAUAUUCUUGUAACUGACAGUAAAGGGUUUUCUGGAGCUGAAUCUGAAUCUGUAGUUGUAUUAGUGAGACCAGAUGAGAUUUACCUGCGACAUGUUCUUGUGGAUGCCAUGGCAAGAUCAAAUUCAUAUUUAAUAGUUUUAGUUAUAAACUACAAUGAUAAAGAUCAAAAUUUAGAUAAAAAUUUUGAUAAAAUUAGUACUAUUAGAAACGUGUUAAAUAAUUGGUCAGAAGAUAUUGUUGAAAAAAUCAUAGUUGACGUAUCCAAUAAGGAAAAUGAACUUUGGACACUUAAAGAUAGUUCUUUAUUAAUUAAUGAAAACUGCAAAGAUUUCACUGAUCGUCGAAUUAAAAUAAAGUUUAGUACAUAUAGAAGCAAAAAAGAGUUUAAAGUUUUCACCAAAAAUUACACAAAGUAUGAAUCUAUGGCUUCUGACAUUCAAGCAAACAAAGUUAAUGAUAUGAAUGAAUUAAGUAUCGAAAGUAUUAUAUCUAAGUUGAAGAAAGUAAAAAUAUUAGCGUCAUCUGCAUUUGGAAAGGUCUAUCUUUGCAUAAGUGAAAAUACAGGCAAAAGUUUAGUCAUGAAAUGUAUUGAGACUGAAAAUAUUGAUAAUAAUGCUAAAGCAAAACAAGAAGUUAAAAAAUUUAAACAAGAAGUUUUACUUUUUAAAGAAUUAAACCAUGAACGAAUUGUGAAAUAUUAUGGUACUACUUAUACUAACACAACAAUCUCAGUUGUAAUGGAAUUCAUGGAAGGGGGAUCUCUUUAUGAUAAAAUAUCAAAUGAAGGAGCUUUAGAUGAGAAGACAGCAUCAGAAAAAUCUUAUCAAAUUCUUUGUGGAUUGGAAUACUUACACAAUAAAAAUAUUGUACACAGGGAUAUUAAAAGUGCCAAUAUAUUGUUAGAUUUAUAUGGGAACUGUAAACUUGCUGAUUUUGGUAUAUCAAAACAGAUACAAACAAUUUGUUCACAUGCAGGAUGUAAAACAUCAGCUGGAACACCUUACUGGAUGAGUCCUGAAGUUAUUACUGCAACUCUUCUAGAUAUUGAAUAUGGAAAAAAAGCUGAUAUAUGGUCAUUCGGAUGUACUGUGCUUGAAAUGCUAACAACAAAGCCGCCAUGGUCUCAUUUAGAUCCUACGCCAGCUAUGUUCCGAAUUGUUUCUAGUUCAACCAUACCCCAUCUGCCUGAUAACUCAUCUAAUUCAUGCAUAACAUUUGUGAAUGAUUGUUUUCAACGUGACCCGAAAAUACGACCAAAUGCAUUGCAGCUGUUGUCUUAUGAUUGGGUCAAAAGAAGUGCAUAAUUCAGUGAUAAUAAGAUUUGUGACAGCGAAUUGCAUCAUUUGAAUAGAAUCAAAAGUUUUUCAAGUUAUUAUCGAUGCAUUUCGCUAUUAUCGAUACAUUUCGCUAUUAAGUAACGAUACUUAUGUUGCGCAAUAAAAAUUAUUUGCACAGCGAUACCAGGAAAUUAAUGCAAAAAGUUAUUAAACUUUAGAUUGAAAGAUGAAAAUCAAAUUUAUAACACUGUAGAAGACCCUUUUGAGCUGAAUUAUAAGAAUCGAAUUUAAAACUCUAUAUUAAAUAAAAAAUAAAAUGAAUUAUUUUGUACACGCUUAAGUAACGUAAUGACGUCAUAAAAUAUAUUUUCUAA